CUAUUACGUCACUGUCAUGGCGGCGCUCUGUUGCUGCUUCACCUCACGGUGAAACUCUCCGACACAAUUUAUUUUAUAUCAUUUAGUUUCUCAGUUUUUCCUCCCGGAUGAGCUGAAGCUGAAACUGAAACAGGUCGGUGACUUUCUGAGUCUGACGUCACGCGGCUCGCCAGACUUCACUGGGAAAUCUUGUGUUUUAAUGUUUUUAGUGUUUUUUUGGAUAAUUUCUAUCAGACCAACUGAACAUUAACAUAACCUGAAAAGUUUGAUUUUAUUAAAUCAUUCGGCGAUAAUAUUUCCUGAUUUCAGAUCUCAGCUGUCUCUGCAGGGAUGAGUGUGAUGUCAUCAGUGAUGCGUGGCGCCCGGCGGCUUGUGCUGCUCCACCCCGCUGGGAGUUCCGCUCCCCCGCUCACCUGUCAGCAUCACAGGAAGUUCGCCUCCAAACAGGUCAAAGGUCAGCGCAAGGAGCAGAAGGUCAGAGAGAAAGUGGAUAAACAGGAAGUGGAGGUCCGGAGGGGGAUGACAGCGGCCGAGCUCGCCGUCGCCAUGAACAGAGACUUUGCUCACCUGCAGGAGGCGUUGCAGCACCUGGAUGCGCUGCGGCCCAACAUGCGGCUGGACGAGCACUGCAUCAAGGAGGCGGUGACACGCUCCGGGAUGAAGUUCAGAUUUGCCAAACUGAGCGACGACAGAGAACGCACCAACCAGGACGCCAGCAGGAAGCCCCCGGCCGCCCCGGCCCUCCUGGUGCCGCGGCCCCCGGUGGUCACCAUCAUGGGCCACGUGGAUCACGGGAAAACAACGCUGCUAGACAGCCUGAGGAAGAGCCAGGUCGCCGCCUCGGAGGCCGGCGGCAUUACGCAGCACAUUGGAGCCUUUCUUGUCCAGCUGCCCACAGGUGAGAAAAUCACCUUCCUGGACACUCCGGGUCAUGCCGCCUUCUCCGCCAUGAGAGCUCGUGGCGCCAAUGCCACCGACAUCGUUGUCCUCGUCGUGGCGGCCGACGACGGCGUCAUGAACCAGACGAUCGAGUCAAUCGAGCAUGCCAAGAGAGCCAACGUGCCAGUGAUCGUGGCGGUGAAUAAGUGUGAUAAGCCUCAGGCCGAUGCUCAGCGGGUCAAACAGGAGCUGCUGGCUCACGAUGUCGUGUGCGAGGAGUUCGGAGGAGAUGUCCAGGCGAUCCACGUCUCCGCUCUCAAGGGCGACAACCUGCUUUCACUUGCCGAGGCCACCGUGGCGUUGGCCGAGGUUCUAGAACUGAAGGCGGAUCCCAGUGGCGCCGUGGAGGGCGUCAUCAUCGAGAGCCGCACCGACAAGGGCAAAGGUCCUGUAACAACAGCCAUUGUGCAGCGGGGAACGUUGCGCCGCGGUACCGUCCUGGUGGCAGGGAAGAGUUGGGCUAAAGUCCGCUUCCUGUUUGAUGAGAACGGGCGAGCGGUGGCGGAAGCGGCGCCAGGCACGGCAGUGCAGGUGGUCGGCUGGAAGGAUCUGCCACCCGCCGGAGACGAGUUCCUCGAGGUCGAGACAGAGCAGCGGGCAAGGGAGGUGGUGGAGUGGAGGAGCUACGAGGAGGAGCAGCAGAAGCUGCAGGAGGAGCAGCGCGCGAUCGAGCUGAAGCAGCAGUUGCACCUGCAGGAGUAUCGGGAGGAGCGGGCGGGGCUGGAGCACCUGAGCUGGAGGAAGAGGAAGUCCGCCCUGUACCGCGCCUACAAGACACGCUUCGCCACGAGGCAGAACGAGAAGACUCAGCAGGACGAGCUGAGCCUGCCCAUCAUCAUCAAAGGAGACGUGGACGGCUCUGUGGAGGCGAUCCUGGGCAUCGUGGAAGGUUACGACGCUCAGCAGCAGUGUGAUCUGGAGGUUCUGCACUUCGGCAUCGGAGACGUUUCAGAGAACGAUGUCAACAUGGCCGAGGCAUUCGGAGGUUCCAUUUACGGCUUCAACGUGACAGCCAGCAAGCCGAUUCAGCAGCUGGCAGCGAAGCGCGGCGUCCCACUGCGGCUGCACUCUGUCAUCUACAAACUGAUCGAUGAGCUGAAGGACGAGCUGGGCAGCAAACUGCCGCCGGGCGUCAUCGAGGUCCCCGUCGGUGAAGCGACAGUGCUCGCCAUAUUCGAGGUGUCGGUGGGGAAGAAGAAGGUGCCCGUUGCCGGCUGCCGUGUGCAGAAAGGUCAGCUGGACCGCAGACUGAAGUUCCGAGUGAUCCGGGGCCAGGACACCGUCUGGGAGGGUUCUCUGGCAGCGCUGAAGCAUCACAAAGACGAGGUUCAGACGGUGAAAACGGGGAUGGAUUGCGGCCUGUCAGCUGUCGACAAUGUCGCCUUCAGUGCCGGUGAUGUCAUCAUGUGUUUCGAGGAGCGGGAUGUCCCGCAGGUCACUUCCUGGGACCCCGGCUUCUGAACUCCACUUCCUAGCAUCCUCUGCUGCUGCGCAGACGAGAACCAUAGGUGUAAAAUAUAAAUAUCACGAUUUAACUUAAUGAUGUAAAAUUUUCUUUGUUUGUACGAAAUUACAUCACUUCCUGUUGUGGCUCAGCAGAGUAAUGUUCCUGGUUCCUGAAAAAUAAACAGCUGUUGUUGUUUCAAACAAUUUAAUCAAAACAUUUAAAUCUGAGAAAAUAAAACUGAAGUAAAUGAUUUAACAGUUUCUUGUCUCUGCUAAUAAAGUUCAGUUACAGCCUGAAUUUCUUUUGACAAAAAUCAACAUUGACAUGCUACAGUACUUUUUUGAGUCGAUCAUUUUUGGACAUCCCAUCAUUUGGUGUUUUUUUUUUUUUUUUAAUCAUUUAUGCCCAUAUUAUGCUCUAAUAUGUAACAAAAGACUAUAAUUGAUCAAUUUUAAGAUAUUUCUAGGCAUUUUAAAAUUUGACAACAAUCGUAUGACUUUUUUUAGGGGGUUAUUUUUGGACAUCCCAUAAUUUGGUGGGUUUGUUUGCUAUCUUUGGACAAACUAUACUAUCACAUGUAUCAACAGACUAUAAUUGGGACAUUUUUUUAAAAUGUAGACAUUUUUAAAUCCGACCAUUUUUGACAAAAAUCAACAUGAAAAGUCUUGACUUUUUAUACCCAUGGAUGUAAACUAUAAAUGUCAUGUUUGUACAACUUGACAUCACUUUCUGUUGUGGCUCAGCUGAGUUAUGUUCCUGGUUUCAUGAUUUACUUGGACAUUGUUAAUUAAACUCCUGAAAAAUAAACAACAGCUUUUUUUGUUUCAAAAA